AUGUCGGUGACCGCGACAAUGCGAUUGAAAAAGGACUACCAGAAGCUUCUCAAAGAGCCGCUGCCUUUUAUGAAAGCCGCACCGUUGGAGAGUAAUAUUCUCGAGUGGAGAUACAUCAUAUUUGGAGCGCCGAACACGCCAUAUGAGGGGGGAAUCUAUCAUGGAAAAUUGAUUUUUCCGACUGAUUUUCCGUUCAAACCGCCGUCUAUUAUUAUGAUUACGCCGAAUGGACGAUUCCAAACUAAUACUCGCCUUUGUCUUUCAAUUUCCGAUUAUCAUCCGGAUACUUGGAAUCCGGCAUGGACUGUCUCUACGAUUAUAACUGGUCUUAUGUCAUUCAUGAAUGACAAUCAGCCGACGCUUGGUAGUCUGAGCACGUCGGACGAGGAGCGUCGCCUGUUGGCUCGCCGUAGUCACGCAUUCAACGUCAAGGACAAAAUAUUCUGUCAAUUAUUUCCGGAAGAAGCGGAUAAAAUCAAGAAGCAGCUCGCUGAGCUUAGCGCCAUGGAUAAAGCGUCACUUCAGGAACAAGAGGAGAAGAUCAAAACAAAGAAGCGGGAAUCGUCAUCGGGCUACUCGUCGUUCAUUUCCAAUUUAAUAAUAAUUGCAGGCGUAGUGGCACUUGCAUUUGCAGUUUACUUGUGUUCUGUAAUAUCGAUAUGCACCAUUUGCACUUUGAUCAUAUCGAGAAGCUGUAGUAAUGUAGGGGAUACGAACACCAAUAACGCGGCACUCAUCUCGAAGAAACCGGAAAAAAAGUUCGAUGAGACCUAUCUGCAUAUCGCCAUCUUGUCAGCGCCUAAUGAGAAGGAGCGUCGAAAUAUCGCACGACGAACUUGGCUUGCUUUGACCUCGAAAGGCCCUACAGUAUUCCUUCAUCGGUUUCCAAUUGGAGUUGUCGGAUUGAGCGAUUCAGAGAUCGAAGAGCUGAAGAAAGAGCAGGAGGAAUAUGGAGAUAUUGCGAUUUUGAAUGGAUUGGAGGAGGGUUACGCAAAUCUGGCCAGGAAGACAUUGACGACGUUUGUGAAUGCAUUUGAGAAUAUUAAAUUCCAAUACAUGCUGAAGGUUGAUGUAGACUCGUUUGUCCGGUUGACUCCUUUGCUAGUAGCACUAAAGAGCGUUCAACAUCCGAUGCUCUACUGGGGAUUCUUGGAUGGACGAGCCCGGCCAUUCAGAAAAGGAAAAUGGAGGGAGCCGGAAUGGAAUCUGUGUGAUCGAUACUUGCCAUAUCAACUUGGUGGUGGUUAUGUGUUGUCGUAUGAGCUUGUGAAAUUCUUGGCGGUGAACUCAAGGCUAUUCAGAUUGUAUAAGAAUGAGGAUGUUUCAGUUGGAGCAUGGCUUGCAGGACUUGACGUGAAAUAUGUGCAUGACCCUCGAUUUGAUACCGAGUGGACUUCGAGGGGAUGCAAUAAUGAAUACUUGAUAACACAUAAGAAAACUGAUGCCGAAAUGUUUGAAAUGUAUAAUAAUCUUAUCGAAAAUCGCAAAUUAUGCGUUAAAGAAUACCAGAAACGACCAUCCUAUGUAUAUGACUUCUCGAAACCACCAAGCGAAUGCUGUGCGCGAUUAAACGGCUCACGAAUCCCAUAA